UACAUCUGCAUGGCCAGUAUAAUCCAGGCUGUAGAGAAGGUUUGGUUUCUGACACAUAACAUUUCAACACCUCUACAGUAUCAGAAAGAAGAACCCGGCUUUACAGAAAUCCUAACUCUCUGGGGAUUUCUUAGCUUGCUUUUUCAUAGAUACACAAUCACAUAUACUCACAUAUAUCGCCUCUUGCAAGCUGCCGUGUCCUCUUGCAAGCUGCCGAGAUGUCCAGAGUAGCCAAAUACCGGCGGCAAGUCAGUGAGGAUCCAGAUAUUGACAACUUACUGUCCACUUUGUCUCCAGAGGAGAUGGAGGAGCUAGAGAAAGAGCUGGAUGCAUCCGAGACAGAUGGGAGCAUCCCGGUGGGCCUCGAGCACGUGGGCGAAACUGACAAGCCAUUGAGUGGCAGGUGCAAGCGAGAGGAAACACUCAGCUCUCGGGAAAAGGAGACCAAGAAACAUACUCCGAAGGAGCAGUCAGUGAAUGAAGCAACAGCAACAGAGAAAAAGAAAGAGGCAAAGAUUCUCGAAGACAAGCGUAAGGAACCUUACAGCAGAGAUCUGAAAAAAAGUAGACCUUCUGAUCUGAUAAAAGAAGGAAAAGAAGAAGAACAGGUCCACAAAGCAAAUCAGAAGGGAAAGGAUGAAACAGACAGCAACAAGAAAAUGGGACUAGCUAAAGACGAGAAAACCAGUAAGGAUGAAAAAAGGUUCUCCAGAGAGAAAGAAAAAUCCGUGGCAGCAGAUAAAAAUGUAAAAGGCCAGGUGAGAGGGGAAGAAAGAGGUAAACUGCUAAAGAGCAAGUCAGUAGAAGAUAAAGGAAAAGAAGAGAGGGCAGCAGAACAUAAGAGAGGGACUGGGUGGGACAGAAAGAUUGAAGAUAAAAAAGAAUAUGAAAAAAUGGGAGAAAGAAGAUCAGCUUUAAAGCAAGACUCAAAGAGAGAAGAUAAAAAAGAACCCCCCAAAGCAAGAGAAAUAAGUUCAGCUACAAAGCCAGGCUCAAAGGUUGGCACUGAAGAGAAAUUGCUGAGUGAUAGUAAAGGAAUUCCAGAGACAAAAGUCUCAAUUUUAGAGCAAGAGAACAUGAUCCAGGAGCCUCCUGAUAGCAGCCCUUCUAAAUCUGCAGAUAGUUCUUCAAGCCAGAGCAAGGAGGAUGAAGCCACCAGCAUCUUUGAUGAACCCUUGGAAAAGAUUAAGAAUAAUGACCCGGAGAUGGUAGAAGUUAACAUCAAUAAUUCUGACUGCAUCAACAAUGAGAUCCUGGUACGCUUUGCUGAGGCCUUGGAAUUCAACACCGUGGUCAAGGUCUUUGCCCUGGCCAACACACGUGCUGAUGAUCAUGUUGCAUUUGCCAUUGCCAUCAUGUUAAAGUCCAACAAGUCACUGACAAGCAUAAACCUGGAUUCCAAUCAUAUCACAGGCAAAGGGAUUCUGGCCAUCUUUCGUGCACUGCUGCAGAACAACACUCUGACUGAGCUGCGCUUUCACAAUCAGAGACAUAUUUGUGGAGGGAAGACUGAGAUGGAGAUAGCCAAGCUGCUGAAAGAGAACAUCACUUUACUGAAACUGGGCUACCACUUUGAACUAGCUGGGCCACGCAUGACAGUCACAAACCUGCUAAGCAGGAAUAUGGACAAACAACGACAGAAACGCUUACAACAGCAGAAACAGGCUCAAGAAAAGGUGGAGAAGAAGGACUUCCUUGAGGUGCCAAAGGCAGGAUGCUUGCCAGCUGGCUCACCAAAGAGUUCUCCAAAACCAUCCCCCAAAACCUCCCCUUGGUCUUCCCCUAAAGCUCCUCCUAAGAAAACUGGCACCCCAGAUGCUCCUCCCCCACCACCCCCUCUAGCCCCUCCACCUGCUCCUCCCUUGAUUAAUGAAAACUUACGCUUGUCCCUUUCUCCGGCCACUCAGAGGAAGAUGGUAGAGAAAGCGCUUCCUCCCCAGGAGAAGAAUUCCAGAGAUCAACUUCUGGCUGCCAUUCGCUCUAGCAACAAGAAGCAGUUGAAGAAGGUGGAUGUUCCCAAGUUACUUCAAUAGUAGGGAAAAGAAUCUAGAUUUCUUGGACAGAUGAGAUUGCCAAGGCUGAAUCACUGUGUUUGUCUCUCGGGUGACUGUUUACAUGAGAAGAACUCAGCAGAGUAACAGCCCGCCCUGCAUUAGUCCCAGAUGAACAGUGUUCUCUGUGGGAUUAAUUUGGAUAAAGGAAUUAGAUGGUUUGCCAAGAGGCAAUGUUACCAGGAAGAAGUAAUAUUUAUUUUUAGCGCUUUUUAAUAAUGAAACUUGUUUUUCUCCUGAGAAGGGUCUGCAGAUAUGGUAUAUUUGGGCUUUUUGUCUAAUUUUCAUUGCGGUAGCUCAGAAGGUAAAGGGGCAAAUAUUGUCACUCUUGAAGAAGUCUGAAUUUGGGGCAUCUCUGCUUAUCUCACCAUUUCCCAGGCAGCAACACUGCAGUCACCUGCCACUAUGAACACUGAAAGAGCUACACUGGAGUAGCAGCAGCAUGAGAAGGUAUACAGCAUACUUUCAACACGAGAAGAUUCCAAAUGAAGCUGUUACAUUUGUACCCUUUGCUGCUGGACUGAAGUGGCAAUGCCAUGGUCUAUUAUGUCUGGAAUAAUGUAUACUGAAGCAGGAGAGUGGAGGAGAAAUCAUGGAGACAUAACCCAUUGUCCAAUGUCUCUGUGACCUCAAGGAUUCCAUUUCUCUGAUAGUGGAAAAGCAAAAAUAAAUUUGUAUAGGCCAUGGCUCCUUUGGUGGAAAGAGAUGGGUAUGAGUUUUGCAUUUGAUUGCCGAAGACCUCUUAUGGUGCCAUGAAUGUAGCUGCAAGCAAGGGCAGCUGAACGGAUUGCAUUACUGCCAGGUGGAGGGCCAUGCUGCUUCUAUCUCUGAAGUAAGCAGCAACUUCCCAGCCUCAUUUUAGAAUACCUAAUCGUAGAAUUCAAAUAGGAGAACAAGAACAAGCUUAGCUGUGGGUGGGAAGUAAUGGAAAAGGCAAGCAGUCUACAUGUAUAAUGGGCUGAAUUUUGGAAGCUCAAAUUUGAAAAAAUUCGGGCAGCAUCUCUAGAACUUGGGGCAAACAAUCAGUUUGAGCUCUAACUAAUCAAGUGGGCAAUAACUAGAAGAUCACAUCAAACAUCUGUCAAGACAUUCAUUUACUACAGACAUGGGAUAAAAUUUGGGGACCAGAAGGUUUCUAUAAUAGUUCUUUUUAAAACAAUAUGCUGGUUUAUGGAAAGAAACACUCUGAAGGAAGAGACAUUGAUGAUUUUCAGAUCUGUGUUUUUGAAAUGCCCAUCAGUAAGCCUUGUUAUGUGGACUUUGAGAAUGCUGUCUCUUCCACCCACUCUAUGUGUCAGCUUCCCUUCCUUGUCACUUCAGUCUUCUUUCCCGCUAAAUGAAUCCCAAGUCAUGAAUUAUAUUUUAGCAUAAUGGCUGCCAAAUACUUUCCUGGUAAUAUAUGAUUAUUUAGCAUCACAUGGUGGUUGGAUCAAUGGGUGCAUCCGACCUCAUCAAUCCUGAUGGAGUACCCAUAAUAUUCAGGCUAUGCAGGGGGUGCUGAUAAGACUGAAGUUGGUCACCAGCAAGUAUUUUUGAAGUGGCAAAUAUGCCACUUGGCAUGUAUGAAGUGAGCUUGGCAUGUAUGAAGUGAGCCUGAGACUGGAAGAGUGACAGUGUUUUUAGAAAAUUGCUGAAUCUCUGUUUUCAGUCUCAAGAAGUAGCACUUUUUUUCCCCCUCACUGUCUUCCCCAGUCUGGCUCUUCUGUGUGUGUUGGGCUAUGGUACUGAUCAUCCCCAAUCAUUAGCCAUGUGCUAAAUAUGACAUUGUAACCCAACACAUCUAGAGGAUAUAAGGUUUGGGGCACAGCUUUGAAUGAAGUAGAUACCAUACGCAGCAUGAACUGGACACGGAGCACAGAACAUUUCACUUGCAGAAGAAUGUGCAAGAUGAGAACUGUUGAAACAAUAUGACAGUACUGUGGUGAUUAAAGGGACCAUUUCCUUGCCCUAUGAAGAGUAAUGAAGAAAGAACAACUCCAUCAGCAAAACAGUUCAGCUUCCUGGUAGGCUUAGUAGUUUCCUGUAUCUAAAUCCAAGUAUUGAACUCGACUAAUUUAUGGUUCAGGCUGUAAAUUAAAACAUGUUUUUGCAUUUACAUGGCUUUAAGAGAUUAAUAUAUAGAUGAAUAGAUAUAUCUAACUUUUUGUGGAGCAGUGUUUCAUGGCUCACACAAAAUGCCAAAGCAUAUCUGCACUGAGAUAAUGCCAGGGGUGCAAAUGUAAACAAUUAGAAGUUUUUCAUUUUCUAGUCUAUUUCCGUCAACAUCCAAAUAAGGAGACGCACUGAGGCAUUCUCAGGAGCCUGAUAGAAAGCAGCAAGAAUUCAUACCUAUUAACAGAGAUAGAGCUCCGUCUCCCAGACUGCAUAUCUUGGACUCCAUCAUUUCAAAAAGAACAAGUGGAAUUCCUAUCAUCCAGAUAUGUUGGCCUCCAGUGCCCAUCAUCUCCAGCAAGAAUGACCACUGGAGGACACCAGGCUAAUUUAUGGAGAUCAUGAUGUGGAUUCAAAAUGCAGGACACAAAUGCAAAAUAAUCAAGGCUUCAAUGCAGUGUUUAUUAGACAGUAUGUACUGGAGGGGGACCCCACAAAAAAAAUGACAACAAAGGGCUUCUUUUUCUGACCAAAUGAACAGACAAACUGAGUCAAGCAGUUCUUGUUCGCAUUUGUGAAAUGCUUGAAGAGAUGUUAUGUAUGCUUCAAUUUUAAUUCUCUUUAAAAGGCAGGGGGUAGGGGGAAAGUAUGCUUGCUGAAGCAAAAGAUAUUUUCAUCACAUUUGCAAAAAUAAUGGAAGUGAAAAAGCCAAGAGACAAACCACUUGAGUAUGAGAUCUCAAAUGCAGAUGUUGCUGCCAUUUUCAACUCUGUAACUCAUGAAUGUAGUUGCAUUAUGUAUAAAAUUACCUGUACUUUCAUUAAUAAAGCUCACAAAAUGCC